UGCGCCCUGAUAACCCGGCGGGGUCCUCGGGAGCAUCCGGCACAGCAGGAAAGAGCCCGGCAGGAGGAAAUAUUAAAUCCCGGGAUACAAACACCGCGUCGGGAGCAGCUCCGCCCCGCCACGAUCUCCCCCCACCCCCCCUAAAAAGCGGGGUCCCGGCGGGGUGGGGCGGCCAGAGCUGAAGCGAGGAUGGAGAAGAGCAGCUUCGCCAUGGCCAAGUUCGGCUUGGAGCGCAAGGAGGCGAUCCCGAAGCGGGAUUGCGGGUUUUACGUCAAGUACAUUUUCCUUUUCACCUCGCUGAUCCAAUUCCUCAUCAUCCUGGGGCUCGUGCUCUUCAUGGUGUACGGCAACGCCCAGGCGGGCACCGACACCCACCUGAGGCUGCUGGAGGAGCAGGUGCAGAGCCACUACCGCAGGAUCGUCGCCCUGGAUGCCACCAAGGCCAACCUGAGCCGCGCCCUCAACGCCACCCUCAAGGACAAGGACAAGCUGCAGGGGCUGGCGCUGAAGGUGCAGAGGGAGCUGGAGAAGUGUAACAGCAGCCAGGCUUCCGGCAGCGUGCCGCAGCUGCAGGAGGUCGUGUACCUGCAGCUGAGGUUGGCCGAGUGCCGCAUGACCAGCGCCCUCAUCAACACCUCCUGCAGCGCCGAGAAGCUGCAGCUGCAGCGGCAGCUGGACCAGGCCACGUUAUCCAAGAAAAACCUGGAGGAAAGGAGCCGGCAGAGCGAGGCCACGCUGGCCAAAGCCACCCAGGACAGGGACAGGUGCCAGCAGGACCUGCAGAGCGCCAAGACCAUGGGGGACUUCAGCAGGACCGAGCUGGAGCUGCAGAGACGCGAGUGCCGCUCCCUCAAGGGUGACAUGGGUGACAAAUUCCAGAGGGUCACGGAGCUGGUGAAGCAAAUCGGGUGCAGAGAGGCCGAGGACGAGCUGAGGCAGCUGCAGGAGCGCACGGAGGGGCUGUUCCGGUGGCAGCAGGAGCGCGACGCCCGCUACAUCCACAAGAACACCUGCGAGCUGAGCGUGCAGCAGUGCCAGCUCAACUGCUCCCGGGAGAUGCAGGAGCUGGAGAGGAGGAUCCAGGGCCUGGAGAAGCGGGAGAGGGACGGGGUGGAGGAGAGGAGGAAGCUGGAGGCGGAGAAGGAGAAGGUGGGGAAGGAGCUGGAGGAGAAGAAGAGAGCGGCGGCGGCGCAGGCGGAGGCGCUGAGGGAGCAGCUCGGGGUCUGCAUGGGCGCCAAGAUGCCCCACCUGGACCUGCUGGGCUCGCGGGUGCCGGGCAGCGCCGGCCACUUGGGCUCCUUCCCUGGCACCGGCUCCUACAUGGAAAUCCUGAGGAACCCGGCGACCUUGGGCACCAUGGGAAAGAAGAACCUGGAGGAGCUCCAGCGGAUGCUGCAGGUGAUGGAGCAGUACACGGCCACCCUGAAGAACCCCAGCGGAUAACGCUGGAAAAACGCAUGGAAAAAACAGGAGCCGCCCAGGAGGUGCUUCCCGCAGCACGGAUGGCAACCCCCGGCCCGAGGGCCACCCUCCCUUUGUCCCCGUGUCCCCAAACCCCCUCCUCCCGCGUGUCCCCCCCCCCCCUCAGAUGUAUCCCCGCCUUCUGGCUGGAGCGGGACAACAGCCGGCCCCCAAUUUGGGGACAACUCGCUGCA